UGUUGAGUGUUGCAGAAAUCCUGGUAGGGAAGCCCCGUCCAGUGCCUGCAUCUGGGGCGAGUGAGCUGGUGGAGCCGGGUUCUGGGCGACCAGAGCUGCGCGGCCACCGCUGCCAUGGCUUCGCCGCCCGUCACUCUCGGUAUUGACUUGGGCACCACGUCCGUGAAGGCCGCGCUGCUGGAGGCCGCCCCCGACCACCCAUCCGGGUUUGUGGUACUGGCGAGCUGCGCCCGGGCUGCGAGGGCGGAGACCGAGAGCUCGGUGGCCGGGUCCCAGGGCCAGGAGCAGGAUGUGAGUAGAAUCAUCCAAGCCCUAAACCAGUGCCUCGAUGCCCUUCCGCGGCAGCAGCUUCGGAGAGUUGGGGGCAUCGGAGUGUCGGGACAGAUGCAUGGUGUCAUGUUUUGGAAAGCAGGCCAAGGCUGUGAAUGGAUGAAUGCAGGGCCUGCCUCUGUGUUUAAGCCCAGAGCUGUAAGCCACCUGGUCACAUGGCAGGAUGGUCGGUGUAGCAGUGGGUUCCUGGCUUCUCUGCCUCAGCCAGAGUCCCAUCUCAGUGUGGCCACAGGAUUUGGCUGUGCAACCAUCUUCUGGUUUUUGAAAAAUAGCCCAGAGUUCCUGAAGUCCUACGAUGCAGCUGGUACUAUCCAAGACUAUGUGGUUGCCAUGCUAUGUGGCUUGCCAAGACCCCUGAUGUCUGACCAGAAUGCCGCUAGCUGGGGAUAUUUCAACACCCAGAGCCAAAGCUGGAAUUUGGAGAUACUGAGAGUGGCCGGCUUUCCUGUCUACCUGCUUCCUGACAUUGCUGAGCCAGGCAGUGUGGUAGGCAGAACUUCCCACUCAUGGUUUGAAGUCCCAAAGGGGACACAGGUGGGCAUAGCCCUCGGUGAUUUACAAGCCUCUGUGUAUUCCUGCAUGGGCCAAAGGACUGAUGCAGUUCUCAACAUCAGCACCUCGGUCCAGCUGGCGGCCUCCAUGCCUUUGGGAUUCCAGCCGGCACAGACUCCGAAUCCUGCAGCCCCAGUUGCCUUCUUCCCUUACUUCAACAGGACCUACCUAGGGGUGGCAGCAUCACUCAAUGGGGGCAAUGUGCUGGCCACAUUCGUCCACAUGCUGAUUCAGUGGAUGGCAGAUCUAGGUUGUGCCAUAAAGGAUCUGGAAAGGAUGAAGAAAUGGGCUAGCUUAGACUCGAGGGAAUCUGAGGACCCACCCCAAAAGGACUCCUGCCCGGACCCCCCAGAUGGAGACUCUGACUCCAAGCCACUUCCAGCCAAGCCCCACAUCUUCACGACCAGGAGCCGAACUCGGCUCUUUGGAAAGGGUGACUCAGAGGAGGCCUCGCCUAUGGAUUGCCCUUAUGAGGAAGGUGGGCUGGCCUCCUGCCCGAUCAUCACCAUCAGCUCUGUUGUUGCCAUCCAGAGACCUGAGGAUGGUUCCACCUGUGCCACGCAGUCGACCCAGGACUCUGUCCCCACUGGUGCAGAGAAGCCCCCUAGGCUUUAUGACCGCAGGAGCAUCUUUGAUGCUGUGGCUCAGAGUAACUGCCAGGAGCUGGAGAGCCUGCUGCCCUUCCUGCAGAAGAGCAAGAAGCGCCUCACGGACAAUGAGUUUAAAGACCCGGAGACAGGGAAAACCUGUCUGCUGAAAGCCAUGCUCAACUUGCACAAUGGGCAGAAUGACACCAUCACCCUGCUCCUGGACAUUGCUCGGCAGACUGACAGCUUGAAGCAGUUUGUCAAUGCCAGCUACACAGACAGCUACUACAAGGGCCAGACAGCACUGCACAUAGCCAUUGAGAGGCGGAACAUGGCACUGGUGACCCUGCUGGUGGAGAAUGGAGCAGAUGUCCAGGCUGCAGCCAAUGGGGACUUCUUUAAGAAAACCAAAGGGCGGCCUGGCUUCUACUUUGGUGAGCUGCCCCUGUCCCUGGCUGCAUGCACCAACCAGCUGGCCAUUGUGAAGUUCCUGUUGCAGAACUCCUGGCAGCCAGCAGACAUCGGUGCCCGGGACUCAGUGGGCAACACGGUGCUGCACGCCCUGGUGGAGGUGGCUGACAACACGGCCGACAAUACCAAGUUUGUGACAAGCAUGUACAACGAGAUUCUGAUCCUGGGGGCCAAACUCCACCCUACUCUGAAGUUGGAGGAGCUCAUCAACAAGAAGGGGCUCACGCCACUGGCUCUGGCUGCCAGCACAGGGAAGAUCGGGGUCUUGGCCUAUAUUCUCCAGAGGGAGAUCCAUGAGCCUGAGUGCCGGCACCUCUCCAGGAAGUUCACUGAAUGGGCCUAUGGUCCCGUGCACUCCUCGCUUUAUGACCUGUCCUGCAUUGACACCUGUGAGAAGAACUCAGUGCUGGAGGUGAUCGCCUACAGCAGCAGUGAAACCCCCAAUCGUCACGACAUGCUCCUAGUGGAGCCCUUGAACCGACUCCUACAGGACAAGUGGGACAGAUUUGUCAAGCGCAUCUUCUAUUUCAACUUCUCCGUCUACUGCUUGUACAUGGUCAUCUUCACCACGGCUGCUUACUACAGACCCGUGAAAGGCUUGCCUCCCUAUGAACUAAGGAACACUGUUGGAGACUAUUUCCGAGUCACAGGAGAGGUCCUUUCUGUGUCAGGAGGAGUCUACUUCUUUUUCCGAGGGAUUCAAUAUUUCCUGCAGAGGAGGCCGUCCCUCAAGAGUUUGUUUGUGGACAGUUACAGUGAGAUACUUUUCUUUGUGCAGUCGCUGUUCAUGUUGGUGUCUGUGGUACUGUACUUCAGCCAACGCAAGGAGUAUGUGGCUUCCAUGGUGUUCUCCCUGGCCAUGGGCUGGACCAACAUGCUCUACUACACCCGUGGCUUCCAGCAGAUGGGCAUCUAUGCCGUCAUGAUCGAGAAGAUGAUCCUCAGAGACCUGUGUCGAUUCAUGUUUGUCUACCUCGUGUUCUUGUUUGGAUUUUCUACAGCUGUGGUGACGCUGAUUGAAGAUGGGAAGAAUGACUCUAUGCCUCUUGAGUCCACAUCACACAGGUGGCGGGGCUGCAAGCCAGCGGACAGCUCCUACAACAGCCUGUACUCUACAUGUCUGGAGCUGUUCAAAUUCACCAUCGGCAUGGGUGACCUGGAAUUCACCGAGAACUAUGACUUCAAGGCUGUCUUCAUCAUCCUGCUGCUGGCCUACGUGAUUCUCACCUACAUCCUCCUGCUCAACAUGCUCAUUGCUCUCAUGGGUGAGACUGUCAACAAGAUUGCACAGGAGAGCAAGAACAUCUGGAAGCUGCAGAGAGCCAUCACCAUCCUGGACACAGAGAAGAGCUUCUUGAAGUGCAUGAGGAAGGCCUUCCGCUCAGGCAAGCUGCUGCAGGUGGGGUUUACACCCGAUGGCAAAGAUGACUACCGGUGGUGUUUCAGGGUGGACGAAGUGAACUGGACUACCUGGAACACCAAUGUGGGCAUCAUUAACGAGGAUCCGGGCAACUGUGAGGGGGUCAAGCGCACUCUGAGCUUUUCCCUGAGGUCAGGCCGAGUUUCAGGGAGAAACUGGAAGAACUUUGCCCUGGUUCCCCUUCUGAGGGAUGCAAGCACUAGAGACAGGCAUGCUACCCAGCCAGAGGAAGUUCAUCUGAAGCACUUUUCAGGAUCCCUUAAGCCAGAGGAUGCUGAGAUCUUCAAGGAUUCCAUGGUCCCUGGGCAGAAGUGAGGGACAUGUGCAGAGAUCAACUCUGGGCCUUUGGAUGCCUCAGUGCCCCAGCAGGGGAAGGGUAUGCUCAGGGAACACCAGAGCCCUGUCUGUGCCUGCCUAGGCAUUUUCUUAGGACUUCAUUGGACGUGCUGUGGGAAGCACGAGUGGGUGCCUGAAAAGAAUCUGCAUCCAACCAUUGCUGACCCAGGGUGAAGAGCUUCAGUGGUCUCUCUUGCAACUUUUUGCUGAUUUCUUUAAACAGCAUGAAUGGCAAAUCUCUACUUGGAUACAUGUUAGACCCUUGUUUUAUUUGAUUUUUGGAUUGCUGGGAGCAAGAGGAAAUGAAAUCCAGGAAAACAACCUUUGAGAACCAAACACUUCAUAUAAAAUGCUGAAACUCUUCCUCUCAGCAUUACACUUAAUAUCUCACUUGCCCUGAGCGGUCUGGGAGAAGUUAUCAUUGAUAAACUACCCAGAGAAGUUAGAGGAGGCCAGUCCUAUUCCCAGCUCUGGAAAAAUUAGCUUAUUCCAGAAAUGAAUAUUUCCUUUCAGUUUGAAAUAUCAAAGUCCCCAAAUAUUAGCGCUCUUGCUGUUUAAAAUAAAAGUAUGGAAACAUAUCCAAGGGACACGAGAAGAACAUUUCAUUAUUCUUCUAUUUGUAGUGACAAAAAUCCUGUCCCCCUGCAGCGAUAAAUGCUUAUGCCCCUGUACACUUGUCACUCAUAAAAUAAAAAUAUAUGCAAAUAUGCAUUAUCAGAA